UUAAUUUGGAAAAGAUUUCCUCUGGAUCUCUUUGUUUAUUAUUUCUUUUUGGUAUUUCCCCCUCACUACUCCAUAUAUUGCUCUGAACUGCCUGCUCCCUCCAUUCUUUAUAACACAAGAGAGUGCGAGAGUGAGAGAGCGAGAGGGCGAGAGUUUUAUAAUCUGAAUUAGUUGAGAGAAUCCAUUGGUGGAUCAGAUUCGGUUCUAUCUCGAAUCCCGCUUUUUGACUAUUUGAUCCGUUACUCUUUCUUUGUUUCUAAGACGAUUCAAAUGCGAAUUCGGAGAAUUUCACGUAAUUUUCCAGUGUGCCAUAGCUUUACACCUCUCGUUUCGGAUUUAAUGGUGAUUGAUGUCGAACUUUAACCUUGGAAAUCGGAAAUGCCAGUUUACGUUGCUCGUGAGGCUCCUAAGCUAUGGAGGAAAAUAUGCGCAGAGGCGUCUAUUGAAGUUUCGCUCCUUGCAGAAAAUUGGAAGUUUGUUCUUGCUGGGCUCGUUUUUCAGUAUAUUCAUGGAUUAGCUGCUCAUGGAGUUCAUUACUUACAUCAGCCAGGACCAACACUUCAGGAUACUGGGUUCUUUCUUAUUCCAGAACUCGGUGAGGACAAAGCAUAUAUCAGUGAGACUAUAUUUGCCUUCAUCUUUUGUUCCUUUGUCUUGUGGACUUUUCAUCCUUUCUUUUUUCAGAGCAAAAGAAUCUAUACCGUUCUGAUGUGGUGCAGGGUUCUUGCUUAUAUAGUCGCUUGUCAAAGUCUCCGGAUCAUCACGUUUUAUGCAACUCAGCUUCCUGGUCCAAACUAUCAUUGCCGGGAGGGCUCGAAACUUGCCAGGCUGCCCCCUCCAGAAAGUGCACUUGAAGUGAUUUUAAUCAACUUUCCCCGGGGCAUGGUAUAUGGCUGUGGUGAUCUGAUUUUUUCAUCACACAUGAUUUUUACCUUAGUAUUUGUCCUGACAUAUCAAAAAUACGGUACAAGGAGGUGCAUUAAACAAUUUGCUUGGUUGCUUGCCAUUAUCGUGAGCCUCCUGAUUAUGGCAUCUCGCAAGCAUUACACAGUUGACAUUGUUGUAGCAUGGUAUACGGUAAAUUUGGUGGUGUUCUUUGUUGACAAGAAAUUGCCAGAAUUGCCAGAUCGAUCCAGUAGCUCUACAUCUCCUCCACUACUGCUGAGCACGAAAAAGAAGGAUAGCAGGACCAAUAAAGAGCAAAAAAGAACUCCAUUCCCGUAGACAGUACAUAUUUACAGAAAAAUCUGAAUAUUUCUAAUCAAACCCACUGUUAACUAAGAGUUGCUGGAUGCUUCUUUUCCUGUGAAAUGAAAUUGUAAACGAUAUGUUUUUGGAGACAUAUAAUGCAAAUGAAACACAAGAUAGGAACAGUGUGGUGUGUAGAACAUAGAUGACAGCAGGAGCUGAAGAUAGCUAUGCUGCCAUUACCACAAUUGUUAUGUCCAUGGUUCUGCUUUUAUUGAUCCAACCUCAACUCCUUCAGACCUUGAUCAACAUGAUUUGUAUUGUUGGAAGUGGAAAAGAUUUUCAUUAGGUUUUAAAAUGCAAUUCUUCAAUUCUCCUA